CUUUUGGAGGUUUCGUCUCCAUUGAGCCUCAUCCAUCGCUCCGCCCACGCCAUGGGAAACGUGUGCUUCUCAUCCUCUUCCAGCGCCACCGCUCAUCAGCGCAAGAAGAAUAAUAGUUUAGCAACCGAAUCCCAGAAGGCAAAAAUGAAGGAUUUAAUGGAGAAGGCACCUGUUGAUGAGAUUGAUUCUAAGUUUAGACUCUUUAAACAAUUUGAUAGUGUUCAAGAUUAUUCUGAUCAUCAUUUCAGAAAUAACAAGUUUGUCCAAGAAAGCAAGCUACAACAACGAUGGAUUCGGAAGAUCCGUAAUGAGUGGACACUUCUAGAGAAGCAUUUGCCUGAGAUGAUAUAUGUUAGAAUAUAUGAAGAUAGAAUGGACCUCCUCAGGGCUGUGAUUGUCGGACCAGCAGGAACUCCAUACCACAAUGGUCUCUUUUUCUUCGACUUCCAUUUUCCUGAAGGCUAUCCGAAUUCACCUCCGCUAGUUUAUCACCACUCCCAUGGACUUGGAUUGAAUCCAAAUCUUUACGCCAAUGGAGUAGUUUGUGUUAGCCUUCUAAACACUUGGGUUGGCAGCAUAUCUGAAAGAUGGAACCCUGUGAUGUCUACAAUGCUUCAAGUUCUGGUCUCCAUCCAAGGCCUAAUCCUCAAUGAGAGACCAUACUUUAAUGAGCCCUUGUUGUCUUAUUUCUCCACUACUCGGUUAGCGAAUAUUCCAUCUAGGUCUUACAAUGCAGACAUAUUUCUGCUAUCCUGCAAGAAAAUGCUCUACAAUCUUAGGAAGCCUCCAAAGCAUUUGGAGGACUUUGUUGCUGGUCAUUUUCGCACACAAGGGCGCACAAUUCUGAGGACAUGCAAAGCAUACAUGGCUGGUGUUCCAGUUGGCACUGUUGUUACUGAUAGCAUGCAACUUGAUACAUCUCGGAUCAAAUCAUCAAAAUUUAGCUCAGAACUUAAGUUACUGUUUGUGAAUCUCUUGGAGGCAUUUUGUGCUGUAGGAGCCGAAUGCAAUGAAUUCCUAUGAGUUUUUUUUUUGCUUGUCUAAUUUUAGUGAAGUUACAAAGUGCUUAUAGAAUUAACUUUGUUAGAGCUUUCUAAGAAUUAUUCUGUCGUCUUGGACUUUUUAUGAAAUCGGUUUUUAUUAUA